UAACUGGCAACUCCGUAAAAAGAAUCACUCUGUGCAUUUCAAAGUUCUUGUCGUGGUUAAGUGGUUUUAGUUCAAAAGAAUUUAGGAAAAUUAAGGAGGGCUUUCUCCUUCGCUCCUGAUUCCAGUCUGCUUCGCCGCCGCCGCCCACAAAUCCGCCCCCUUUCCCUAGCCGCCGGCGACGCCAUGAUCCGCCUCCAAAGCUUCGUCCUUACCCGGCUCCUCUCUUCUCCCUCCGCCUCUCCCCUCCCCUCUCUCCACCGCCUUCUCUCCACGGCCGUGGUCGCCGCGCCCCAAAUUUCCCCGAACCCUGGCUUCGCCGUCGCAGACUAUCUGGUCGAGACCUGCGGCCUCACCCGACCGCAAGCCCUCAAGGCCUCCAAGAAGCUCUCCCACCUCAAGUCUCCCUCCAAUCCCGACGCCGUCCUCGCCUUCCUCGCCGGCCUCGGCCUAUCCAGCUCCGACGUCGCCGCCCUCGUUGCCAAGGACCCCAAGUUCCUCUGCGCCGGCGUCGGGGCAAUCCUGGAACCCAACGUCGUCGAGCUCACCGGCCUCGGUCUAUCGCAUUCUGAGAUCGCGCGCCUCGUCUCUCUCGAAGGCAGCCACUUCCGCAUUAGAUCCAUCGUCUCCAAGCUGAGCUACUACCUUCCCCUCUUCGGUUCCCCCGAGAACCUCCUCCGGGCCCUCAGGACAAACUCCUACCUUCUCACCUCCAGCCUCGACAAGGUGAUAGACCCCAAUCGGGCCUUCCUUCGGGAGUGCGGGCUAGCUGAUUGUGAUAUUGCCAAACUGUGCACCGGCGUGCCAUGGAUUCUUACCGCCAAAGCAGAGCGCAUCCGGUCGAUGGUGAAGUGCGCCGAAGCUAUAGGUGUGCCCCGUGGCUCUAAGAUGUUCCGGCAUGCAUUGCAUGCUAUCGGAUUCCAGAGUGAGGACGCGCUCGCUGCCAAAGUGGAGUAUUUGAAGAACACAUUCAGGUGGUCGGAGGCUGAGGCAGGCAUAGCUGUUUCUAAGGCUCCAACGUUGCUGGCGCGUUCCAAGGACACGCUGCAGAGCUUGUCAGAGUUCCUGAUCUCCGAGGUGGGGUUGGAACCGGCAUACAUAGCUCACCGGGCGGGACUGCUCACUUGCAGCCUGGAGGGCCGGAUCAGAUCCCGGUACUACGUUUUGAACUUUCUCAAGGCAAAUGGAUUGCUAAAGCGGGAGUUGAGCUGCUAUAGUGCAGUCAUGAUGAGCGAGAAGCUGUUCAUGAAGAGGAUCAUAAGCCCUCACAAGGAAGCUCUGCCACAGCUCGCUGAAGACUAUGCUGCCGCUUGCCGAGGGGAAAUGCCGACGAAUUUCAGAUUGACAUGGACCCAGAACGGGCUAUGAGGAUUGAUGGCUGCGUAUCAGCGUAUGGCGCAACAAAGUUUUCACCAUGCGUAAGAAGAAAACAUUGGCUGCAAUCUCUGAAGGAUAGAAGUCCAGGAAUAUAUUUGUGUUUCUGACAUUUGUUUAGGAUCAUGGAAAUUGCAUGUGUGGGUGGACCAAUUUUCUCUUUAUUUAGUAAGGAGUUAAUAACAUUGCUAAAUUGGCAGUGUGCAAGAUUUUCCACCCUGUUGACCAAUUAUAGUGUCUUCAACAAUGUAUUUUACACAGUUAUGUUUUCACGCCUUGAUGGAUAGUGAGACUAUUUACAUUCGUGGGUACCUGUAAACAUCUCUCCGUGUGAACUUUUCAAUUUCUGUGGUAAGAACUAGAUUUUUUUAACUA